AUGAUGUUAUCAAGAGUUCUGCGAUUCAAAUGCAAAACCUCUUCAUUUGGAGUGAAAUAUUAUGAGAUCGAUCUGGUUUGGGAGGUAAUGAUGGCAUCGGAAAGGCUUAGGCGAGAGUACAGGGAGUUUAUGUUACGUCCGGUGCCCUUCGGGUCAGUGGCGCCGACCGAUAACCUCCUGGUAUGGAAAGUACUGUUGAACGGACCGGAAGGCACACCAUAUGAGGGCGGAGUGUUUGAAUUGGAGUUAGUCUUUCCCGACACAUACCCCACCCGUUAUCCGCAGAUUAAGUUUAAAACACAGAUAUUUCACGCAAACAUUAGCUCCAGUGGAGGCGUUUGCACGACAUUACUGUCCGAUUGGCGGCCGACCGAUACUGUGCUGACAAUAUUGUUGGCCAUUAAUAAUAUGUUGUGCGCACCCAAUCGGGACAGCGCUUACAACGGCCGCGAACUCAGUAGUCAUCAGUACGAAGAGAAGGCCCGCGAGUGGACCCGACUUUACGCGAAUCAUUUGAGAUAAUCUUUUUUCUGUUGUUUAAAAAUUUGUAUAAAUAAUUGUAAAUCAGAUUAUGUUUUGAAAAUUUUAUUUCAUUGAAUAACGAUUACGAUAACAAAUAGAAACAUUUAAACAAAAAAUAAUUUUGUACUUUUAAACCCAUAAAUAAAUUUAGAGCGAUAUGUUUGAAAAACUACUAAUUUAUUAUUUCUACUAAUUUACUGAUACUGUACUUCAUUUAGUUUGAAAUGCAAUGAAAGCUGUGAUUGAAUGGUGCGAUAAUAAGGAUGAACUCAUCUUAUGUGUCCAUAUACUGGGA